GUUUCGAAACUGCACUGGGAGAGUUUGCUGCUGCCCGAGGAUUUUUACUGAGGUUACUGUCGAGCACCCAAUGUCCUUCAGCCUCUGGUCACACAUAUAGGCACCCAGAGGAGCCAGACCACAGUUUUAUCGACCUGCAACCUGGGACUAUCUUCUCCAGAGUCUUGAUCAGUUUUGCUAGAAAACCUAUUGGAAAUAAUUCAUCAAACACCAGAGAGUCAAGGAUACAGGCAGGAGAGGGCUCCCCCUGUUGUAUGGACAUUUUGCACCCGAAACUGACCGCUGAGUGCUGAAGUUUUAUGUUAUAAUACAGAAGACCUUUCAUCCCAACACAUGAUUUGGGAGUUACAUUUUGUGACAUGGAUGAAUCUGCACUGACCCUUGGCACUAGAGAUGUUUCUUAUCUGCCAAAUUCAUCAGAAUACAGUGUUGGCCGAUGUAAGCACACAAGUGAGGAAUGGGGUGAGUGUGGUUUUGGACCUACAGUGUUCAGAUCUGCAACUUUAAAAUGGAAAGAAAGCCUCAUGAGCCGAAAAAGGCCAUUUGUUGGAAGAUGUUGUUAUUCCUGCACGCCCCAGAGCUGGGAUAAAUUUUUCAACCCCAGUAUCCCGUCUUUGGGUUUGCGGAAUGUUAUUUAUAUCAACGAAACUCACACAAGGCACCGGGGAUGGCUUGCAAGACGUCUUUCCUAUGUUCUUUUUGUUCAAGAACGAGAUGUGCAUAAGGGCAUGUUUGCUAACGAUGUGACUGAAAAUGUGCUGAACAGCAGUAGAGUACAAGAGGCGAUUGUAGAAGUGGCUACGGAAUUAAACUCUGAUGGUUCUGCUCUGCAGCAAUCAAAAGCCAUUAAUAAAGUGAAAAAGAAAGCUAAAAGGAUCCUUCAAGAAAUGGUUGCCACUGUCUCACCGACAAUGAUCAGAUUGACUGGUUGGGUGCUGCUAAAACUGUUCAACAGUUUCUUUUGGAACAUUCAAAUCCACAAGGGUCAACUUGAGAUGGUUAAAGCUGCAACCGAGACAAAUUUGCCGCUUAUAUUUCUACCAGUUCAUAGAUCCCAUAUUGACUAUCUGCUGCUCACUUUCAUUCUCUUCUGCCAUAACAUCAAAGCGCCAUACAUUGCUUCAGGCAAUAAUCUCAACAUCCCGAUCUUCAGUACCUUGAUCCAUAAGCUUGGGGGCUUUUUCAUACGACGGAGGCUAGAUGAAACACCAGAUGGACGGAAAGAUAUUCUUUAUAGAGCUCUGCUCCAUGGGCAUAUAGUUGAACUGCUUCGACAGCAGCAAUUCUUGGAGAUUUUCCUGGAAGGCACACGCUCUAGGAGUGGAAAAACCUCCUGUGCUCGGGCAGGACUUUUGUCAGUUGUGGUGGAUACUCUGUCUACCAAUGUCAUCCCAGACAUCUUGGUAAUACCUGUUGGAAUCUCCUACGAUCGUAUUAUUGAAGGUCACUACAAUGGCGAACAACUGGGCAAACCUAAGAAGAAUGAGAGCCUGUGGAGUGUAGCAAGAGGUGUUAUUAGAAUGUUACGGAAAAACUAUGGAUGUGUUAGAGUGGAUUUUGCACAACCAUUUUCUUUAAAGGAAUAUUUAGAAAGCCAAAGUCAAAAACCUGUGUCCGCUCCACUUUCUCUGGAGCAAACAUUGUUACCAGCUAUACUUCCUUCAAGACCCAGUGAUGCUGCUGUUGAAGGUGGAGACACAUCCAUUAGUGAGCCCAGAAAUGCAACAGAUGAAUCCCUGCGAAGGAGGCUGAUUGCAAAUCUGGCUGAGCAUAUUCUAUUCACUGCUAGCAAGUCCUGUGCCAUUAUGUCAACACACAUUGUGGCCUGCCUGCUCCUCUACAGACAUAGGCAGGGAAUUGAUCUCUCCACAUUGGUAGAAGACUUCUUUGUGAUGAAGGAGGAAGUCCUGGCUCGUGAUUUUGACCUGGGGUUCUCAGGAAAUUCAGAAGAUGUAGUCAUGCAUGCCAUACAGCUGCUGGGAAAUUGUGUCACAAUCACUCACACGAGCAGGAACGAUGAGUUUUUUAUUACUCCCAGCACAACUGUCCCAUCAGUCUUUGAACUCAAUUUCUACAGCAAUGGGGUACUCCAUGUCUUUAUCAUGGAGGCCAUCAUAGCCUGCAGCCUUUAUGCAGUUCUGAACAAGCGGGGUCUGGGAGGGCCUGCCAGUGCCCCUCCCAGCUUGAUCAGUCAGGAGCAGCUGGUACGGAAAGCGGCUAGCCUGUGCUACCUGCUCUCCAAUGAAGGGACCAUCUCGCUGCCCUGCCAGACAUUUUACCAAGUUUGCCAUGAAACAGUAGGAAAGUUUAUCCAAUAUGGUAUUCUUUCAGUGGCUGAGCAAGAUGACCAGGAAGAUAUCAGCCCUGGUCUUGCUGAGCCGCAGUGGGACAAGAAGCUUCCUGAGCCUUUGUCUUGGAGAAGUGAUGAAGAAGAUGAAGACAGUGACUUUGGUGAGGAGCAGCGAGAUUGCUACCUGAAGGUGAGCCAAUCCAAGGAGCAUCAGCAGUUUGUCACCUUCUUACAGAGACUCCUUGGGCCUUUGCUGGAGGCUUACAGCUCUGCUGCCAUCUUUGUUCACAACUUCAGUGGUCCUGUUCCAGAGCCUGAAUAUCUGCAAAAGUUGCACAAAUACCUGAUAACCAGAACAGAAAGAAAUGUUGCAGUAUAUGCGGAGAGUGCCACAUAUUGUCUUGUGAAGAAUGCUGUGAAAAUGUUUAAGGAUAUUGGGGUUUUCAGAGAGACCAAACAAAAGAGAGUAUCUGUUUUAGAACUAAGCAGCACCUUUCUACCUCAAUGCAACCGGCAAAAACUCCUAGAAUAUAUUCUGAGUUUUGUAGUGCUGUAGGCAACAUGUGGUGCCUCUGGCAAGUGAAGGGCAUGAGACGAGUGCCUCGUAGCCUCCAGCCUCUGGCUCAAAGUGUGGUCAGGCCUGCCCUGUCCUGAAGCGAUCCCCUGGAAGACAAGUGCCUUCUUCCCUCUCUGGAUCUGUGAACUUCCCAACUCUGAGAUGACACAGCAGCCUAUAGAUAACACUUGGGGGUACCUCAGCCUCUGUUUCAACUCAUAAUCAGUAGAAUGCAAGAUGAAAUCUCAAUAAAUUAUUUCAAAGUUUAUUAAAGAUUUACAUUUUAAGUACAGCUUUUAAGAGCUAAUUGCUGUGAUGGACACAGAAAUGUAGUUGUAUUCUAGAAUUGAAUCUUGGGUGGUAUGUAUGCCUCAUGCUGUCUGGUAAUUUGUUGGUAUAUUUUCUGAUUAAUGGUUGAUGCUGUCUUUGAAAAUAACUGAGCUGUUUAUCAAUUCUUUUUCAAUUUUAUCUUUGUUGAUUGUAGCUGAAUUUUAAAUGGGAAUACCUUUCACCCCAAAGUGCUUUACAAAUGAAUGAGCUGAUAUGCAUCAUACCCAGGUAUCACUGUGCUGUCCUUUGCAGUCAGAUUUAGAAAGUGUUUUUAAGAGUUACAUGAAAAUAGACAAUACUAGUUUGGGUCAGGAAUUGAGAUAUUGUGAUCAAACAGUUAACAUCAGGAAAUUAACUAGACUUACAAAAUUUAAGGUAAACUUGGCCAGAAAACUGGCAUUCAAAACAUUUACUCAUUUAAAAAAGUGCCAUUGAGUUUUAAAUGACCAGCAAGUAUUUAGAACCCUUCCUGAUUUUUGUCUAUAUCCCUUCCCACCCCACAGGUGGUACUUGCCUCUCUCAAGUACAACUAUUUAUUGGGAAUUCUUCAACUUAAUAGCAACUGUUUAGGUUUGAUUAGGUUGGCCUGGUGGACUCUGUUAGUAUACAGAGUAUACUGUAGUUCUCUGGAUACAGACUGCUGACCUAGGACUUUUGUGUAUUACACACAGAUUGUACACUGCACCUCAGUCUGGGUUACUGGUACCUACUUGAGUUGUGCAGUAUGCAACCUGUGCAGUAUGUUUUAUGACUCUACUGAUGAUGGUUGGAGACAUUUAUGGAUUUUUAGCUUUGAGGACAAAUCAUGGUUCUUUAAAAACUCAUAUGGGUUAUAUACCUAAACUCCAAUGUCACAUAGUGGCAAUUAAAAAAUUGUCUGUUCAUAAUGGGUAGGUGCCUUUUCAUGAGCAGGGAGCAUAAAUUAUUAAUUAAUUGUGAUAAUUAUGGUGAUUUCUUAAAGAUCAUGUGAUGUUAAAACAUUUGCUAACAGUUUACUCUCUCUUAUCUCCAUGAUAUUAUGAAAUUAGAAUUUUUUUCCAGAUGAGUGUUCAAUAGAUUCUUCAAAUUUAGUAUAAAAGACCUGAGAAUUAAAUUUAUACCUUCAUAAGCUGGAUUUUAAGCACUAAUAGUGUCUCGUGAAUAUGUGUGUUUUGGGAGAGGGAGGGAUUCUGUUUGGUAUUUCACAUUGUAUGAAAUAUCUUGUUUCAAAUUCAUAGCAAUAAUGCUAUGCUGUUGUGCUCCUCUUCCAGUUUUCUCAAGUUUUGCACUUAAAAUAUAAAUUUUCUUUAUCUUUAUAGGAACUCACAUACUAUUAAGUCAUUGUUUGUCGUAGUGACUCUGGUGUAGAGUGAGAUUUUAGCAUUCCAUUUUACUCAUAAGGGUAGGAAAACACUUCUUUUCUUGGCUGCAUUUGGGGAUAUCAAGGGAGUCUUGUUUAUUUCCUUGAGAGUUCCUUAUCUGGGGAAUCAAGCAUUUCACUAGUCCCUAUUAUUCUUCCUCUGAAUUAUAGACCAAGGAUUACUCAAACUCUGCUAGUUAGCUGGGAAGUCAAGGUUGGGACUGACUUCUCAAUGGACACUGCUGUCUUGCCUGCCGCUCCUGCAAAGAGCUGCUGCUUCACCAACCUGGGCAGAGAAACCAUGGCUUCUCUUGCAUUAUUUUUCCUUUUGGUUGGUCUGCUUUCUAGAAAUUCAAUCAAAUGCUUUGGGGAAUGCAAUGUAUGACUUGCUAGCUCUCUCGCCACUUAACUCACUAUGAGGAUAAAUAUGCAUGCUUUUUGUAAUUAACUGGUGCUUUAAAAAAUCUUUUUUAAGGAAGAAAAAUCUCAACCAAAGUUAUGCUCAUCCAGACAAGCUGACCUUUGAGUUAAUUUCAGCACAAUUCAUUCUUCAGUGCCUCAUGACUGAAAAAAAUAGCAUCAUCACAAUAAGGCUUCCAGGUAGCACUGUUUUGCUUCUCAUUGUUUUCCAACAGCUAUGGCUUCCAUGUAAGAUUAAACUAGGUGCUUGUAAAUACUGUAUUACAGUUUACUCUAUUGCAUUUCUAUGAAAUGAAAUGCAUGCCCUUCAGGGGAAGACUGUGAGUCAAGUUUAAAAACAAAAACAAUAUUAAGCAAUACAAAACUGCACUCUUUUUAAAAAUGAGAAUGUCCUAAGUAAUUUAGAAGAGAGAAAGGAAUUUUUGCUCUCUUAAACCUUCAAGAAAAACAAAGGUAAAAACUGAUGAGAACUGUGUAGAACUAGUAACUGAGAAAGCAUUGAGUCUUCCUUUUCAGAUUUCACAAAGUCAUGAGAGUGAGUAGGGAAAAUAUUCCCAGGAUUGUAAUGAACACAAGCUCAGAUUGUGGAAUUUCCAGUAACCUAGAGGGGCAAAGCAUUUUCCACAGUGCUCUAUGUAAUAUGAGUGCUCUGUGAAAUGUUCAUCAGUGUUUUGUAGAAAAAGUAUUGCUGGUAAACUAAGUUUGCACAUGGAAGCUUACAGUGCACUUCGGUGCAGUAAGGGCUUGGCGUCUGGCAGUGAAGAACUGUUUAACCCAGCACUGCCUAAAUUCUUUUGACACCAGGACAUUUUUCCCCUUUGGGACACCCAUGAACCUCUCACUAGUGUCCCAUGGAAAACAUGUUGGGAAACAGUAUGUUAGGUGGUUCUUUAAGGAGACAAAGCAAUAAUGAACAGAUAGCACUGAGGAUUUGCAUGCAUGGUUUAUCUUCUGAUGUUGUACCAAAAGGAGAUAUAUUUUUCCUCCCCUUGAGAGAAUAAGCACAGAAAACUAUAAUGUCCUUUGAUGGAAAGAACAGCCAUCAAUGAUCCUGGCUUUUUCACUGAAAGUACCAGAAUUAAUACAAGGAUUAAUUGGGCUAAAUAAUUAAGGUUUUAAUUCAGAUUCAGAAGAAAAUACUGCACAAUUGAAUGCAGAUUUUUAUCCAUAGGUAGUUCUAGUAUUUAGAAUGAUAGCACCUAUUAUUGAGGUUUAUAAGACUUACUAUGGAAUGUAAAUCUGUUUUUUAAAACUCUUUUUAGGAACCUGAGACUCGCCAUCUGGCAUUUUAGUUUAAUACAGACUAAUGAUUGCAUUUGAAAGAGACCCUUGACCUUAUUUCUAAACAUUGAAGCCUCUGUAAUGUCUUGAUGGAAGGUAUUAAACUAUUUGCCUGUUGUACAAAGAAAUGUUAAGAUUAUGUAAAAAGAAUUCCUAUAAAGUACUGUAAAAUAACACUGUGUGAUUUUGUGAAUGGAACUUACUUGGAAGUACUGAUUGAUUUUUAUGCUUGUUAAUGUAUUACAAGAAGCACAGAAAUGUAGUUUUAUUUUAAUAAACCAAAAAAUGGACAUA